ACCCGAGCAUACCUCUCUGACUCUAUGCCCGCCGCCGGCGACUCCUAUGCCCUUCCGCCCCACCUUCCCCCGCCGCUGCCUCCAUGACCCCAAGCUCUCCUCCUUCCUCUACGCGCUCGCCACCGUCUCCUCCUCUCCCUCCUCCUCGCCGGCCCCGGGCUCGCUUCCCGCCGCCCGCACCCCAGCCGCCUACAAUGCUCUCAUGUCCGCCUACUCCCGCGCCGGCCGACCCGACGAGGUGCUCCGCCUCUUCCGCUCCCUCCCCUUCCCCCCCACCGCGCCCCUCUACACAACCCUCAUCUCGUCCCUCGCCGCCUCCGGCCGCCCCCGCGCCGCGCGCGCCGCCUUCUCCUCCCUCCUCGUCUCCGGCCUCGCGCCCACCGCGUCCGCCUUCACCGCGCUGCUCAAGUGUCAGGACGGCUCGAUCGACUCCAUGUACCGCGUUUUCCUCGCCAUGGCAGCCGCCAGCUGCUCCCCCGACGCCGCCGUGUACAACUGCUACAUUUCGAUGCUCUGCGACUCCGGGCGGCUGGAGGAGGCCCGUGGUAUCCUCGACCACAUGGUCGGCGAAGGAGUCCGCCCAACUGCUCGCUCCUACACCGCCAUUCUACGUGGGUACUGCGAGCAGGGCAAGGUUCUUGAAGCAGAGAGGUUAGUCGAUGACAUGGCCGAUGCCGGGUGCCCGCCGGAUGUUGUAUCUUACAGCGUGCUUAUUCAGGGGCUUUGCGGCGCCGGGGAGUUUCAUAAGGUGGAGUUGAUCUUAGGGGAGAGUCAAGACAAGGGGUGGACGCCCAAUGCUGUUACCUACAACAUUUACAUGUCCGCCCUGUGCAGGACGGGGUUCUUGGAUGAGGCCUGUUAUCAGGUAGACAUUAUGCGCAGCAGAGGGCUGCUGCCAACAGUUGAGACUGUGGGUAUACUCUUCGAUUGCUUGUGCCGAGACUCGAGGUUUUCAGAAGCACUGUGCAUGCUAGAACACAGCGAAGAAUUAGGCUGGCAUGCUGAUGUGUUCUGCUAUAACACUUUGAUGGGUAGGCUUUGCGACGUUGGUGAUUUUGCCAGGGUCUUCAAGCUCUUGGUUGAUCUGUUGAAGAAGGGCGUCGGUCCGGAUAUGUUCAGCUUUACUAUUGCAAUCCGUGGCCUCUGUGGAGCUGGGAAACUCCAGGUUGCAAAGUGUCUAAUACAUAAUGAGGCGAUUGGAUAUGAUGUCGUGGCUUUCAAUACUUUGAUCCAUGGGUUACACAAUGCUGGGGAUUUACUUGGAGUCAAGCUGACAUAUGAGAAUAUGUGCAAUAGGCAAGUUUCUCCAAAUAGCUUCACUAAUGCUACUCUGGUUGAUAGCUUAUGUAAAGAUCAAAAGUUUGUUGAGGAAGUAAAGUCUCUUGCAUGUAAGAGUACGGCCCCUGAUCAUGUUGUUUAUUUGCGCAAUCGGUUGGUCAAAGGAGUGAAAUUUACAAAGGUGCUCAGCCUACUUGAUGAAAUACGCUCUAGAGGAAUUGAACUAGCUACUCGCAAAUUCUCUGACCCAUUACUUAACGAAUUAUGCUGGGAGGAGGGAAAUGAGCCUAGGGAUAUCAAUCAAGCUGCUUAUAUACUGACCUGUCUGGGAAUUAGAUGAUAAUCUCAAGAUCGAGUGCUUGACAUCAGGAUUUCUUUUGGAGCAUUUUCUCUAGCAAACACCGUAUCCGUGAUAGAGUUCCCUCUUCAUUCACACAUCAGUAUCUCAUCUUUCAUCAGGAGAGGUGUACCUUGUUUUUACCAGCAGCUACGGAUUUUGAUGGUCAGGACAAGACUGUCAAGCUCAAAUGUGUUCCUAGAGAAAUAAUGGGCAGAAAGUGUUGAUGUCCACCAAACUGGUUCAAAAUGUCCCUCAAUUGCAUAUUCCCAGUUGUGGUUAAAACUGAUGGAUAGUAUACUUGGAUGAUGCACUUGUUUGUCAAGUAUAGUUAAACAGAGUUUGAAUCAGGUAACAGAAGCAAAAUAAUUGUUGCAGCAAACACUGCAUUGAAUGACCAAAGUUAUUGCAAGAAUUGGCAAAUAUGUAAUAUGGAUAUUCGAUGAAUCAUGACAACACUUAGCCUCAACAAGAUGAAAGGGGAUACUUUACUGUGGGCCAACGUCGUGAAGGUCAGUAGGAACAUCAAAUUGUGCUAUGUUUUAAUGUCAACUUUACACGAUGUUAAUCCAAGUGAGGUUGAUAGGAUAGAAGUACCUGAUUUUACCAACACCGAGACAUUGAUCUGGAGUACUGGAUAAGAUUGUGAAGCUCAAAUGUGUCCGCAGAGAAAUUAUGGGCAGAAAGUUCAGAGUUGGAAUCAGGAAACGGAAGGAAAAAAAUUUGUUGCAGCAAACAAUGCAUUGAAAGACCAAUCUGUUAAUGCAAGAAUUAGCAAAUACUUAAUAUGGAUAUUGGAUGAAUCACAAUAUGGCCUCAAUAAGAUGAAAGAAGAUACUUUGCCAUGGGACAACAUUGUGAAGGUAACACAAAGGGUCUAGCAGCACAGUUGGCUUCCCUAGCAACGCAGCAACAUUUUUGGGGAUGGUGCAACAAUUUCCUGGUUGUAGUAAGCUGAGCUUCUUUUUCAGGUUACUUUAGGUGUAGUCAGUCGAUGUGUUGGUUUCUGUUUUUUUCCUUAAAACUUUCUCUUGUCCCCACCACCCCAACUUGUUGUGUGAUCAAUGGAUGGUGGAAAAGAUGAAUCUACACCAAUAUUUAUAUCACGUGAUAUUAUUUGACCUACA